AGAAGAAUUCCUUUUACGCGACAGCUGCACAUGUUUCUAGGUUAAGUUACAUUUUUGGGCAUAAUUUCAGCCCCCAAACCGUUAAGUUUGACGUUCUCGAAAUGUCAAUGUUAGCAGAAAGGAGACGAAAGCAAAAAUGGUCCUUAAAUCCACGCGGAAAAGACUGGGCGCAAGAUACCAACAAAUUUGGCCAAAAAAUGUUGGAAAAAAUGGGUUGGACUUCAGGUAAAGGUUUGGGGGCGAAGGAGAACGGCAUAACCGAACAUGUAAAAGUAGCUUACAAAAAUGACAGUCAAGGAAUGGGUUAUAAGGAGACAAAUGACCAGUGGACUGCCCACGAGGCGAAUUUCAGUGCUCUUUUGGAAAGUUUAUGCGGUAAGAGAGUGGAAGAGGUUCAGCUAUCAUCGUUGGAAGAGAAAUCGCAAAAAUCCAGAGCGAGGGUUCAUUACAAAAAGUUCACUAGGGGUAAAGAUUUGAGCAGAUAUUCCGAAAAGGAUUUAGCCAAUAUAUUCGGCAAAAAGAGCUUGAAGGAGCUUAGAAAACCAUCUAAAGAAGUUGAGGAGGUGACAGAUAACAAGCAAGUUGAGGAAAAGAGUAGUUUUUUGCUUAACAGUGGUUUAAUGUCUGAUUAUUUUAAAAAGAAACUACCAAACUUUGGCUCAUUUAAUGGUAAUAUUGUUGGCAACAAUGGAGUCUUGCAGAAACAGCAAUCAGAGUCUGAGAGCGAGGUUAGGCCCAACGGUGAACUGGAUCUUAAUGACAAGCAACAAAAAUUUAUCUCCUAUAUUGAUGAAAGUAAAGUAAGUAAAGCCAGGAAACAUAAGAAGAGAAAGCUAAAUAGUGACACUAAUGACAUGGCAGAUAAAGAAUUGAAAGAAACUCAUGGAAAAAAAAAGAAAAAGAGUAAGUCAAAUAUUCCUGAGGGAGUGAACAACCCAGCAUUUGAUCCCAUGUACAAUAUGCCUAUAAAGUUGGAAAAACACUCAUUGGACCCUAUUGAGGAAAUAUUGGAUGAUACCCUACCAUUGGAACCAGAACAUCUUGAAGUAAAUGUACAAAUACAUGAUGAGGAAGGUAGGGUUACAAGGAAACAAGCUGCUAGUUUGCAAGGGAAGGAGAAAGAGAAGAUUGAAGAAAGCACACUGAGAGCAGAUAGUGGUAUACAAAAUUUAGAUCUUUUAGACUCAAAAGGUGAAUGUGAGGUAGUAGGCAAAAAAAAGAAGAAGAAGCAUAAAGAUAAGGGAGUUGAAAAUCCCGUGUUUCAAAUUGUUAGUGGAGAAGAGGAUGAGUUAAUGCAAUUGGAUAACCCUUUUGAGGUUAAGAGUGAAGGGAAAAAUAAAAAGAAGCGAAAACGGACAACUGAAAUAAAAAGCGAAUAUGGUUUGGAUAACCCGGUAUUCAGUGAAGACCCUAAUUUAAAUAACGACCUUAUGAACCAACAAUAUGAAGUUAAAAGAAAAAAAUCAAAAAAAGAAAAGGGAUUGGAUAACCCCGCUUUAAAUUUAUCCGACAGUAUUGAUGACUCUUGCGAUUUGGUGUUAAACAUUGUUUCGACGCCAGUAACAGUGAAACAAACAGAAUUGAGUUUUGCUGAAAGUUUAAAUACACAGAAAACCACCCAAGUGACGAGGAGAAAAAGUGUCAGGUUUAGCGACGUUACCCGUGAAAGAAUUAUUCCCACCAAAGAGCAACUAAAACUUAUGGAAGAUGACAGUGUUGAAAUGGAAGACAACGAAAGCUUCGAUAUUGAAGGCAGGCUUAAUGAUAGCACAGACAAUUCUCGCGUCUUCCACGUAAAAAAAAAGAAAAAGACUGCACAUGGGCUGGACAACGAAGCUUUUGAUCAAGAAGCGAAUAAUCUAGAAGAGAAUAUAAAUUCUAUUGCCGAUACCUUGGAUCAGUACCAAGCAGAGAUUGAAAAUGAUAUGAACGAGGAAAAAACUAAAAGUUUAGAAGUUUCUGAUAUAAUGAUUGGGGAGGUGGGUAAUCCCCAUGGCCAGAAUGAAAAGUUGCCCGACGGAACUGUAAAGCUCAAGUUCAAAAACGUCAAAUUUGGCAAAAAUGCCAAAUAUGUGGACUGCAUGCUGGGGCCUAAGAAACCUUAUAAACACCUUAUCAAAGGUGACAUCAUUUUGAAUUUCAUGGAGACCAAUUUGCACGAGAUUGAAGGUUACGCCGCCAAGGAACCUUGAUUUUUGUCAGUACUUUUUUUCACCUAUUGUUUGUUUUAAAAUAUAUUACUUUAAAGUGAAAGGAUAUAGAAACAUUUUUGUGACAUCCUAGAGUUUCCCUCCGCCUAUGCAUU